CCAUUGACCGAUCUGUGUUGCUUGGGGCAGGUGUGUGAUUUUUGUUGCGACAUUCACUGUACGUACAAAAUGUCCUUCCAUCUGCAAGGAUAAAGUAAGCCGUUCUCGCGUUCCAAUCGUCGGAAACAUCAACUUUUCAUAAUGUUUCGUGUACUGUACGUUCGCAAAAUUCGUCGGAAAGUUGAUCCGCAGCAUCAAGACUAGAGCGUAGUGGCAAACAACUUGGUCGUGUUUUCCAAGCAACUGCUACACGAUCUGUUCUCCACACAUCUCGCCGGUGGCCACCGGGCACGAUCUGUUUUUCCACCGUGACGUACAUACGACGUGCCCUUCAGGAGGCUACUUUGUGUGUUUACAAAGGUUGCUGCGUUGAUAGUGUGUGGUGUGGAGAGAAAGGGUUCUCUCGUAGGUCUAAGAAACACAGGCCAGGAACGCCACCAAAAGCAAAAAGAACGAUCCGGCUUCGAAGAUGGGUGAUAUACGCGACUGGAGGCCGUUUGUGUACGGCGGCAUGGCAUCGAUAAUGGCCGAAUUUGGAACAUUUCCCAUCGACACAACUAAAACUCGUUUGCAAAUUCAAGGCCAAAAGACUGAUCGAUCACACAGCGAGCUGCGGUACCGUGGCAUGACGGAUGCGUUCGUGAAAAUUUCCCGCCAAGAAGGUGUAAAGGCUCUUUACUCUGGCAUAUGGCCGGCAGUGUUACGGCAAGCAACAUACGGAACAAUCAAGUUCGGCACGUACUACACGCUCAAGAAGGUGGCAACGGAUCGGGGACUGCUACACGAUAAGGCUGGCAAUGAGAACCUCUGGUGUAAUGCGGCCUGUGCUACGAUGGCCGGUGCAAUUUCGAGUGCGAUCGCUAAUCCGACGGACGUGCUAAAGGUCCGGAUGCAGGUACACGGCCGUGGUACCAGCGAUGUGGGACUGUUACGAUGCUUCCGGGAAAUUUACGUGCACGAAGGUUUGCGCGGGUUGUGGCGGGGCGUAGGUCCAACGGCACAGCGAGCAGCGGUGAUAGCAGCCGUUGAGCUACCGGUGUAUGAUUUCUGCAAACUGCAUCUAAUGGAAACGUUCGGUGAUCAGGUUGCAAAUCAUUUCAUAUCUAGUUUUAUAGCGAGCUUAGGAAGUGCGAUUGCUUCAACUCCAAUCGAUGUGAUAAGAACUCGUCUCAUGAAUCAACGGCGGGUGCACCAACUUCAACAUAGCAUGACACCGGCGGCAACAACCAGCACCACAACCACAACCGCACCACGCCUGUAUUAUACCGGCAGUCUCGAUUGUGCGGUACAAACUGUAAGAAAUGAAGGAUUCCGUGCACUGUACAAAGGUUUCAUCCCGACCUGGGUGCGUAUGGGCCCGUGGAACAUAAUUUUCUUUAUCACCUACGAACAGCUGAAGCAGUUCUAUUGAAAGGAACGCUCAGCAGAAGAAGAAAAAAAAACUCCAAAGAACCACCACCCCUUUUGCUGCUUUGUUCUCGCGUUGUUUGUAGGAUGAACGAUAUUACGCUUCUUGCUUUUCGUCCCCAAAAACCAAAGUAUAAAUAUUGCAUUAUGAUCUUUACUGGUAACUUCUAUCGAAACGACAAGAAACGGAUCGGCGAAUCGGCAUUUAGGAUAGGGGUUUUGUGUGUUAAGGAACACAUCAAUUGGUCCGUUUUGUU